AUGGCUACACAUGCAGGCCCCAAAGCUGGCAGGCCGGCUGAUACCGGACCUUCUGUACCGGGCCGUCCUACAGCUGCCUUAAAGGUGACUCCUAUCCCGGUUCCUAAGCCGGGUUCAAUGCCGUCGCUUCCUCCAUCGGCCAACCACGCGGCAGUAGCGGCAAGAGCAUCCAGCGGCGGCAGCAGCAGCAGCAGCAGCGGCGGCGGCCCUACCCUAACUUCUUCGGUCGGGUUUGGCCUGCUUACAUCCGCUGAGGCAAGUCUGCAGGACGCCGCGAGCGGUCCUCAUCGAGAUGGCCGUAUCAGGAACCCAGUGCCCAGCAAGCUGAAAGGGAAAACGGAUGGCUCCAAGGGUAACUUUAGCGUCAUGCACAUGGAUGUGGCUGGGAGGAGCGAGGCGACAGAGCGUGAUGCUCAGGCGAAGCGUACAAGUGAGAGCACCGAGCUGGCUGCCAAGCGCGCUUUCGAGAACGGAUACGUUUCCCUUCGGAGGAGUCGGUUUGUUCAUCUUCCCGAUGAGAUGGCAGACAAGCCUUUCAUCCCUGGGCUCACCACCGCGCCCCCGACUAAUCCAACUAGCCGCCGGUCACCUCUAGAUUCCGAAGAGACUAAGUCCGAGCAGGCACGACUCCUGACCCUCCUGCGGAGUCUUCAUCCUGUCCUCGUUGUUGAUCAGAUAUGUAAAGCUUUGGCUUUCUUUGGAGGUAUCCCCGGGGCGCCCCCGCCAGCAGACGGCGCAUUUCCUCAGAGCGCAGAAUCAAACGGCUCGGGCAGUCUCUUCGUCGGUUGGAUAGCAGAGAUUUUCCCAAGGCUGGGUGGAAACUCGACCCAGCGAGCUCUGAGCCCUAUCGGGCAGUUUGAAGUUUCAGAGUCAAUGAGACGAAGACGAGGCCGGCCAAAGGGUAGCAAGGCUACCAAAGUUCGAAAGGACAAGGGCAUCAAGAAGGGACAAACGGCCUCUGGAGGAAAUCAGUUCCAACUCGGAGACGCUGUUGAUGAGAGUUGGGUUGACGUCGAUGAUGAUGUUGUUGGCCUGUCUGAUGAUGUUGAUGCGAAUGUGUUGCUUCUCGCGCAAGCUGCGAGCCCACGUCAUCCGUCCUCAUUGCAGCCGGAACAGGAAGCGAGGCAGCAAGCACCCAUGCCGAAGCACCAGCUAGCUAACUCGUCAGUUAGGACUGCUUUACCGAGAGCCCUAACUAAUAGUAAUAAGAGAGGCCGUCCGAAAGGUUCUAAAAACAGACCCAAAGAUUUGGCCAAUGCCUCCUCUGAGGUUCUCAAUGCCCGCACACAGGCUUCGUCGAGCGUACGGAUUGGAAAACCUCAACAUGUCUCCCAGAUACCCCAAGCACCCCCGACAUCCCAGACGCCUCAGGCGUCCCAGUCUUCUCAUAUACCACAAGCACCCAUCGCCUUUCAUUCGCCUGGGGUCUCUCAGGCCCCUCAGUUGCAGGGCCCAGUGGCUAACCAAGCAUUUACGGCUGUGAAUUCUGCGACGGCAACACCGGCUAGGAAGAGAAAGAAUGGAAAGCCAAAGGGGUCGGCUACCAAUAUUCAGGCGUCAGGCGGGAUUCCCGAUGCGCUCCCCGUUGGAGUAUCGGUUCCGGCACCACCUCCUAGUCAUUCCUCGGCGCAGUUCCAGUCAGGGCGGCAGAGUCUUACACUUCCAACACCCCCGACGCCUUCAACCGCCAGCCCAGCCCAAGCCAAGGCUCCCGCGAACACGGGCCAAAAACGAAAACGAAAGUCUGGAAAGGACGUCAACUCUCUGAAGACAAGCAUAGGUGAUGGAAAUAGUGACAUGGUCUCAUCGCCCCAAAUCAAUGGCCUCGCAUUGCCUACGCCCCCAACCUACCCCGCUACGGUGGCCACGGGGCCAGCUGCAACGAUAGGCCCGCCGCCUCCAAAACGCCAGCGAAAAGGUAAAGAUGCAAGAUUAGCUUCAAGAAAGCAAAACGAAGCCUCGGCGACCCGUGCUACAGAAAAACCAACUGCUCUAUCGACAAUGACUCUGUCUCCAGUUUCGGCGCCAAAUCCAAGCCCGAGAUUAGCCUCGAAUUCAGCAGCACAUAGCCACUUCGAAGUUCAAUCUCCUACCAUGGAAAACUAUGAAGCGCAGCUCCAGGCCCAGUUAGAACAACACCGUGGAGAUUCGAAGCAGCUUCUCGCCAGCCGCUUACACCAGCAGCAGCACCAAUAUCAACACCACCAAACGCAGCAGCAGCAGCAACAGCAAACCUCCCAACAGCAACCACACCAGCACGAGCAGCCACACCAGGCGGCGCCGCCAGCGCCACCGCAACACCUGCAGCACACCUCUACCGCCCAGAGCAGGUCUCCUAACCCUCAGCUACAACAGACAAAAUCACAGUCGGGUAGUCCGAUGAUAACACAGCAGCAGACCAAGGUUUCUCAAAACCACUACAACCAAUAUCGUCCUCCUAGCACACAGUACAACCAGCAGCAACACCACCCACAACAAAACUACGCGUCCCCAACGCAGGCGUCCCCACCGCAACACCAACAACCGCAGCAAUUUGCAACUCAACAGCCGCCCUCUCAAAGUUCGGCACAGAUUUCCCAGAUUUCACAGGUUCAACCAUACUCAGCGGGCGGGCAACAACAAUACCCCGACGGGCAACAGCAGCAGCAGCAGCAGCAGCAGCAGCAGCAGCAGCAGCAGCAGCAGCAACAACAGCAACAACAGCAACAGCUGGGUUCUCAACAGCGCUACCCGCAGCAGCUGGCGCACCAAGCACCACAGUUUACCGCUUCAACAAGCAGCAAUUUCAACCCUACCGAUGGUAGUUAUCGUACCUCAGCUGCAAGCUUGAGUGCUUCAUACAGUCCCCAGCGGGGCCAGUCUGUCACACCUACUGGCGCCACGACGUACCGCGGGAGUAGUGCACAUAACCUGCCUCACCACUCGCCAUCGUUUGGUACAAACCACCCCACUAGCCAAAACAUGCAAGGUCUAGCAGGCGUCCAAGCGUUUACCGGGAAUGCCGGAACAGAAUGGAAUCUUUUCGACGCUGGCAAUCUGGAUUCCUCUGGCAGUCAAGCAACGCUGGGCUUGGCAAGCACGGGCUAUGCCAUCAACACAGCCAACAGUGGCUCCCUGUCGAACUUUGAUAAUUCAACCUUGGGGGGGAAUGAGCGGUAUUAUCGGGUUGGACGGAGGUAG